UAUACUUUAUACAUUAUACAUGUAAAAGAUUUGAUUCUUAAAUAUUCUUUUUCAAAAAAAAAAAACAAAUUAAGGACACACCAAGAGAUGACACGUGUCAUUGCGGGUGUGUCUUUUAGUAUAUAGUUAUUGAUUGAUGAUUAUUGAUAAUAGAACACCCACACAUUCAUAUAGAUCUAUUAUGAAUUCAUUAUAGGUUUGAUACAAACAUGAACACCCCUAUUCAACCAAUCAACCAUUAAUUUAACUAUCUUAUUUGAAAUUAAGAAUGGAUUCGUACUAUAUAAACCAAUUCAAACUCUAACAUUCUCUUGAAUAAUUGAAAACAAUUUUAAUCUGUAUAUAAAUCUACUCUAAUCAACAAUUAUAGCAUGAAAUAACUUACUCCGUAACAAAUAAAAAAAAAAGUAAAUUCAUUUUAAUUCAUCACAUUAUUACCGUCUACCAAACGAACAACUAGACGUAGUCUAGUUCAUCCAUUGUCAUCGUAUUGACAUGUCCAAAAGAGGUAGAUAAACACUUCAACAGAAGACAAAGAACAAAACAAAAGGAAAAGAAAAAGAAUAGAAUUAGAAAGUUAAAAACAAAGAAAACGCCAAAAAGUUAGAAGUGGAAAUAGCACCAGUAUUUGCUGGAAUAGGAGAGAGAAAAACUCACCUUACCUCACCAUUAUGCUUGCAAAUCCAAGUUUUUUGAUACCAUUGCAUUGUCAAUUCACUCAAUUUCGUGAAUAUUUUGUUAUGAAUUGCCAGUGUCAAACUAGUUUGCUGGGUUUCUAGCAUGAUGGUGAAGAUUUCGAAAGGCUGUUAUGCAGCAGUGGAAUCAUUGUUGGUAUGAAUUAAUUGAUUCAUAUAAGAGGAGAGGCGGAAUUCGACGAUACAUUCUGCAUUAGUUAGUUUCAGGACUGUUGGGGAGUGCUAAUUAUACAUAAACUUUAAAAGGGUCUUGUUGUUCUGCUUUCUGCAAUGUCGAAGGACUCGUAUGAACGGCAGACAAGGAGCUCUUCUGGCAUAUCCCCUGACCAAGCGUCUAUUGGCUCUGGGACAAAGAGGUCCAGCGUAUCAUCAGGCGGAAAGAAUCGAGAUAAAAAGGAAUUUCUUCGGAGAUUUGUAGACAGCAAAAUAUUUACUUCUAAUUUGGAGGAGUGGUUUGAGGCUGUAUCAGAUGAUUCAGGACAAGAGACAUUUGAUGUGCCUUUUGAGUUGGUAGAGCUUCAGAAAUUUGAUUAUGCAUUAGAAGGGGUUUCUUUCCAACAACUUAUCCGUAUGCCUAGUGCUGUCUAUGCUUCUACAUCUGAUGGUGUUGAAACUACAGCAUUUCUAGCAAUUGAGGAUUUCCUACAUGCAUGUGUAAAGGGGUUGUGGGAAGCAUUUUGGAGUGAUGGAGAACCUUUACCAUUCUAUGUUGCUUGUCUUAAUAAUGAAAAUAUGAAAUUCUAUCAAGCUGAAAGAGCAAUUGCCAAUGGUAAAGUAGGAGGUCUCUGUGCAGCUUCUAUUUUACUGAAGAAUGCCAAACAUCCACAUGGUAAAUGGGAUGAAGUGCUCGAGCUGGCUCUGUUGACGCCUGAUAUUGGAAUCCUUGCAGAAAAGAAUGUGCGCCUUCCUCCUCUGUCCAUAUUAGGUGAAGCUUUAUAUUUUGCUCUCCGGAUGAUGUUGUCUAGAAGCCUUAGCAAGAAUAGUUUUCUUCAAAGUCCAAGCCCUGUUUUUGUGCUUCUUGUUGAUUCUCAAUAUGCUGGUGUGAUUAAAGUUGAAGGAGAUUUGAGCAAAUUGAAGCUAAAUGUAAAUAAUGUAUAUGAGUCUGCCACAGAAUGGAUAAAGCAUCAUUCAAAUAUUUCGAUGUCUCCUAUUGAUAGGAUAUGGAAUAAGCUUGGAAAUGCUAAUUGGGGUGAUAUUGGUGCCCUUCAGGUGCUUUUUGCAACUUACCACUCCAUCCUGCAGUUGGCUGGAGUGCCCAAGCAGUCUAUUGAAGAUCUGGCUGCUGACCACAGCUCUCGUCUUCAAGCAAGAAGGUUGGAGAGGCAACUUGCUGACACCACAGUAAAUGGACAUGGCUUACACCAGUAUCAGCAGCGCCAUGGCUCCCCAGAAAUUGUUGAGGUCCUAGAUGAAUCCAACAGAAGGGAGAGUGCUGAGCCAAUGAAUCUAGAAGUUGGGUCAGUUUUAUGGUUGGAGGAUUCAAACCACCAGAAAGGCUAUCAGAUUAGUGAAAUUCGAAGUGAUAGUGAACUUACUUAUUACAUAGCGUUUUCUGUUGAGGACCCUGGAAGGUCUCUCUUCUUAUACAUUGGUUCGCAUCCCUCUCAGGUGGAACCUGCUUGGGAAGAUAUGAAUCUGUGGUACCAGGUUCAGAGGCAAACUAAGGUAUUGACAGUGAUGAAACAGAAAGGUCUAUCCAGCAAGUACUUGCCUCAACUGGUUGCUUCUGGUAAGAUAAGUCACUCUAGUCGUUCUAGGAGGUCAAGCUCCAGUGAUGAUUCCAAUCAUCUUUGGUGGGGAACCCCUGUCCUUGUGACUAGCCCAGUUGGUGAAACAGUAACUGAUAUGGUCAGAAGUAGCUGUUUUGGCUCAGAUGAGGCUAUCAAGUGUUGCCAUGACUGCUUGUCUGCACUUUCUACUGCCUCUUCUUCUGGCAUUCGACAUGGUGACAUCCGACCAGAGAAUGUGAUAUGCAUUACUUCAGGUGUAAGAAAUCCUUACUUUGUCUUGGUUGGGUGGGGUCAUGCUGUGCUGGAGGAGAGGGAUCGGCCUGCAUUGAAUCUUCACUAUUCAUCUACAUAUGCCCUUGAAGAGGGUAAGUUGUACUCAGCAUCUGAUGCAGAGAGCUUAGUUUACAUGCUCUAUUCCUGUUCUGGUGGGGAGCUGCCUGAAUUGGAUUCAGUUGAAGGGGCAUUGCAGUGGAGGGAAAGGGCUUGGUCAAAACGGUUGAUACAGCAAAAGCUUGGGGAUAUUUCAGCCGUUCUUAAAGCUUUUGCUGAUUAUGUUGACAGUCUAUGCGGGACUCCGUAUCCUAUUGACUAUGAUAUUUGGUUAAGACGGUUGAAAAGACAUAUUUGUGAAGAUGAUCACGGCAAGGAAAUUGACAUGUCAGGGUGAACAUACCUUUUGAGAACCCUUCUCUAUAAACCAACAUUUUUGCUCUCCAACAUUGUAGCAGGGAAAUCUGGAACCUGAGGCGAGCUGUGUAAAUAAAUCAGUUUGAUUGAUGCCAUGGUUGGAAACUGGGUGCAAUCCGAUGAGGGGAUGACAUGAAAAAUCAGGGCCUGUAAAGUGUCUGUGAAAGUUUGAGAGCACUGGUUUGAGGGGCUACUUUUGGGUACGUUGAUGAUCAGCUUUCACGUUUUGAGCUUAUCGGAGGAUCUGACUUUUGUAGCUUAUAUAUAUAUAUUUUGCGGCAAGGGUGGUUCUCAGUUUCUUAUCACACUGGGGGUUUUAUUUUAAUAUUUUUUUUGGUAUCAAAUUCAAAUGAUUUGUAAUUCAUUUGUAAAGAAUAGGAUGUCCUUUUUGGUUCGUUGAGAAAUCUGGGUUUUGCUGCUUGUAUUGAAGUCUGUUUAUUGAUUAAAAAAGGAGCCCAAUUAAUGGUGUAAGUUCCUUACCGUAAUGUUUGGAUGAUGUCCAGACAUCAAUGCUUACUAAUCUUGUUCAGCUACUCAAUUUGAAAUAAGACACUUGCUCGGAUAAUUACUCCGACAUUCAAU